UUGUCAUGUUCACCUACAGUCCAUCUUUGAUAGGCUUUCCUGUAUCCCCCAUGUAGUAGACGGCUCCCCGAAGGACGUCUCGGCUGAGUUGGAGGGGAUCAUACCUGAAGUCUGCAGAACCAUUCACAAUUACUCAUUCGACCUUUUUGCGUAUCGCGUUAACAAGCACAAGCACGAGCUUUCCGACAUUCGGAGGUACAUUGAGCAGGAUGACCAUCAAUUCAAUUCCCGCCAGCGUUCCAAGUUGUUGGAUUUCUUAUCGCAUGUGGAGUCCAUUAUCAAGGUUGUUGCCAACGCACAAACAACGAAGCAACUUUCUAUCAGUUUUAUGCUCAAGCUUUUAAAGAUCUAUUCGUACUGGAAAGCGAAUCGUCUUCUCCCCAAAGAAGGGCAUGCCGACAAUAUGGUUGCUCUCACCUGAAUCUACAUCUUUCUUAGCCCACAACAUAGGUUUCCGGCUUCGGCGUUGGGCAACGAAGAUCAUGUCCUUUGUGGACUCGGUCAACAGGCUCCUUAUCUUGACCCAGCCGCGCCGCCUCCGCGGAUUUAUAGACGGGACCUUCGCAAUUACACCCCUCUCAUGUCCCACCAUGACUCCGUAUCGUUGUGAUCUUUCUUCAGAGAACAUACGAGUGGCUCUGGAUGCCGCGCUGAACCAAACCAAAUACUCUACUGCGAAGUGGUUAGAGGAGCGCGAAUCGUUCAUUGUGUGGCUUCAGGAUAAACUGAAGGAUUCUGAGGCGUGCCACCGGAAACCCACGGUCCACGCCGAGCUAGUCAUGAUUACAGCAAUGCUCAGGGGCGAACUCCAGGGAGUUUUACCCCACAUCGGGGUCUCUAAACCUUCCUGCGUUAUGUGCAUCCACUAUAACCAGGCCCUCAAAGAGGUUACGGGGAAACGGAUCGCUGUCAAUGGUUCUCAUGGGAAGGCCUACCCUGGGUGGUCAUGGCCUAGUCUUCCUUCCCACGACAAAGAAGUUCGUAGAGCUUUUUUACAACUUAACAGACAACAGCUCUGGAGCGAUUUCAACUUGCAUGUAGAAUCCCGUAGAGGUUCUAGCCUGGAAUCUGCCGAUCCGGGAUUUGAAUCAGUUGCAACAGAGGAGGAAAUUAAGGAAAUCUUCCGUCGUGAAUUGUCAAUGCCCCCUUCGUUAGUAUGUGUAAAGUAGCCCUUGGGCUUGGCGAAAAUUGCAAAUGAUUGUGUAGUUUCGAUUGAAAGGG